GCGAAAAGCCGGUGCUCCGUCUGCCAAUCAGAAGGCAAGAGGGGCGGGGUGUCGGGUUUGGGCGCCUCAAGCAGAAGCAAUGGAGAGUGACGAGGAGGCGGCGGGCUUCCCCAAGGACCUCGUCUCCAAAUUGCUGUAUUUGUACCUGGAGGAAGGCAAGACAAAAGUUAGUUCCGAUGCUUUACUAGUCAUGGCUGAGCUUCUGAAUGUAUUUGUCCAUGAGACAGCAGCUCGUGCGGCACGUCAGGCCAAGUCAGAAGAUUUAUUGGAGGUGGAUAUAGAACAGGUGGAGAAGAUCCUUCCACAAUUGCUGCUGGACUUCUAG